UUUGCACGCCAUUGCGAGUAGAAUCAGAAGACUCUUAMUCGUUUAUCACAGAAAUUCUUACGUUUUAAACUCCUAAUUUUACCAAGAGCAAGCUCAAAACUUAAUCUAAGUCUUAGACUUUCAGAUACUAAAGUAGUGUCUGCAUUWACCGUAAAAAUAUUCUGACAACGAACGCCUUUCCUAGAAUAGUUUAUGUACGAAAUGUCGUUUGCUUUUGGAGGAGCUUACCAACUUUCUAACAAUUCCAAUCAAGAAAUACAAGUGAAUAAUGCCUUCAAGAAAGCAAGACUAGAAGAUGGCCAAGUAAAAGUACAAAAACGUGCCGCUUUGGGCACGAUAACCAACAACGUUCAACUUCGAGUCCAACCACACCGGGCAGCGAAGGCCGUAGUGACGAGUCAAGCAGGACUGAAGAAUGAUGAAAACGCGUACAGUCACCGCGUUGGCAAAUCUGCAUUUGCAGUUCCUCAAACUACUCAACAGAGCUUYUCAAUUCACGUAGACAAUGAGCCAAAACUUUCCAAAGUAAAAGAAAAUGAAGUUGGCAGUUCGCAGGAGUCUUUUUUAAAGGCUGCCGUCACAGGUUUGUCGCGACCAGCCCUGACGAGUGUCUUCACCAGCAGAGAAGGUUGUGAAGAUUCUCCUAUGGUGAUAGAUUCCGACGUGAGCAGCGACGAUGAGGAGUUCGARGCUAUCGCCACCGAAAAAGCGUUUGACGAGAUCGAAGCCAGCGUUGACCCUGUGCUCGAAGUUUCAGAGUAUGCCGAGGAGAUGUUCAGAUAUCUCAAGGCCGCAGAAACAAAGUACAUGCCUAAAUCAAAGUACAUGAGAAAGCAAGCCGACAUCAACAGCAGCAUGAGAGCAAUCCUUGUUGACUGGCUUGUGGAAGUCGGUGAAGAAUACAAGCUUCUUCCUCAGACUCUUUAUUUAACCGUCAACUACAUUGAUAGAUUUUUGUCCAUGAUGUCRGUCCUCAGAGGUAAACUUCAACUGGUUGGUACUGCUUGCAUGCUUUUAGCCUCCAAGUUYGAGGAGAUCUACCCACCKGAGGUGUCRGAAUUUGUGUAYAUAACAGAUGAUACAUACACAGCUAAACAGCUGCUGAAAAUGGAACAGCUUGUCCUCAAAGCAUUAACAUUUGAUCUAUCAGUSCCAACAACUUUAAAUUUCUUAGAAAGAUACUUGAAGGCUACCAAAGCCCCAGAAAACUUGGCUCCUAAAGUAGAAUCUCUUGCAAGGUACUUGUGUGAAAUCUCACUGCUGGACUGUGAUCCUUUCCUGGAAUACGUACCAUCUACAAUUGCUGCAUCAGCUGUUGUACUUUCAUUGCACACAUUAGGGCUUCCUCACUGGAAUGAGAAAUUGAGCAGUUAUUCUGGAUAUGAGUURCAUCAGCUACAGUCUUGCAUCCAAGAUUUACACAGAGCAUUCUCCCAUGCUUCAAAGCAUCCCCAGAAGGCAAUCAGAGACAAAUACAGCAGUUCAAAGUACCACCAUGUGUCUACUGCUGUUAGUCCGCCCGAGUUCUUACCAAUGGUCUAAAAUAAUGAACCACCAUCAUAUAGGUAGAAGUUUUAUUGAAUAUCAAUUUUAUCAAUUCUUACGUAUUGUACAUGGCUGAUCUAAGGAAAGUGUGUGUCACAUUGUAAAUACUUCAUAUACUCGCAUUUUUUAAUUUUUUUAAAUUUUCAAAUGAUUUUAUCUUGUGAUUACCAUUAUUUUAAUUUCUCAAUAUAAUUGUCCAAAUAUAAUUGUCUUCAACCUGUGUAUUCUUUAAUGCUUUUGAUUAACAAUAGAUAAAUUAUAUACCACUUUAAUAUCAUAAAGAUUUAACUUAAUYGUGACAUAGUUUAUAUUAUUAAACUUUCAUAAUGCUGUAUUCCUGGGGUAGRCAUUGAACAAAAAGUACUGGAUUAAUAACAAUCAAUGACAAAUUUAAAUUAAUGUGAAUCACUUCUUGUGGGUAUUAUGUUCAAUGUUUGGCCUAAAUUAUCACUUCUAGUUUGUGUAUUAUUGUUCAUAUUACUGUCCAAUGUAGUUUCCAGUUAUGGCAUAAUACAUGUAUCUCGAUGACCAUUUCAGAAAUAGUUUCCAGAUAUAAAGGAAUCCAUUUACAAUUUUGUGUAAUUCUCUUUAAGAAUUUCUAUGCUUUUACUGGAAGCACUGUAUAUAUGCACUACAAUUUUUGUCCAWGACUGGUUGGGACAGCUGAUAAAUCAAAAGUUUGUUUCAUACUGGAUGCUUGGAUAAAAAAUGUAGUACAACAAGUACUUGUGAAGUACAAAUUGCUACUUAAUUAUUAAUAUUAAUUACAUAGAACUUGUAAAUACUAUAUGUGGAUAUAAAAUUGGAUGUUAUAGCAUU